AUGAGCACUUUGAACAACGUCGAGUCCGUCACCCAUCAGCAGGGCAGCUUCAAGCCUUCUAUUGCCCGCGAGGGACCCAUUACAGACAAGGGUCACAAGCCCGGUGUCAAGGUUAACGAGGCCGACCAGCGUCCCGAAUACCACAUGGAGUCUUUCCCUCCUGGCACUGCUCCUGCUAGCAACUCUUACACUUCGAAUACCAACGAAGUCGGCAGUCAGGCUGACAACCCCAAUGUCCUCCGCGCACACGGCAAGGAGUCCACCUACACUUCUCCCGCCGACACUUUGACGGGUGCCACCUCCCAAGACGUUCACACCGGUCUCGGUAAGCCUCUGCAGGGCCAGUCUGGUGUUGAGCUUGCCCAUGAUGGCGCCCACGGUCGAAAGAAGCAAUCCUCCGGCUUGGGGGGUGUAGGUGCAACCCACGAGCACCGUGGCCUCGAGCGCCAGUUUGUCAACCAGCGUGGUCUGGAGAGAGAGGAGGGUGCCAACGCUGGUACCCGUGGCAACAAGGCUGAUCGUGCCGCCGAGGAUAUGGAGCCCGAAGGGGCUGAGACUUUGGACUCUGAGUGGAAGUACGAGCCUCGCACUCAGCGUGAAAAGAAAUAG